UGACAGCAGCUGUAUCCGGAUGGGCGGAGCCUGUAUUUUAAGCGCCAGAAUUGAAACUCUCCCGCCGUUUGCAGUGUUGAUCACUGUAACUGUAACAACAGCAGCUUCCUAUUUUAUAUUUCUACAUUACUGCAUAAAAAAAUGCAUCCCACAGCCAAAAGAGCCUGUACAAGUCCUCUGAAUGACAGUCUGGAGAAAAGGAUUAAACGGAUCUCUAUAGAAGGCAACAUUGCGGCUGGUAAAUCCACUUUUGUUCGAUUGUUGGAGGAGCAUGACAGUGAAUGGGAGGUCGUGCCGGAACCCAUCGCGAGGUGGUGCAAUGUACAAACUCACCACGAUGAGCAUGAGGAAUUAACAACCUCUCAGAAAAGUGGCGGGAACGUUCUCCAGAUGAUGUACGAGAAACCUGAGCGAUGGGCGUACACCUUCCAGAGUUACGCUUGCAUGAGCCGCAUCCGGGCCCAAAUCCGAUCCACAAAUGGGAAGCUCCGAGAGGCGGAGAAUCCCGUGCAGUUCUUCGAACGAUCUGUGUACAGCGACAGGUAUAUUUUUGCAUCCAACCUGUAUGAGAGCGAAUGUUUGAAUGAAACCGAAUGGGCGAUCUAUCAGGACUGGCACGGCUGGCUGCAUAAGCAGUUUGGGCAGCACAUUGAACUGGAUGGCAUCAUUUACCUGCGGGCAAAGCCUGAGCGGUGUUUGGAGCGAUUGCAUUUGAGAGGCAGAGAGGAGGAACAGGGAAUUCCACUGGAAUAUCUGGAGAAACUUCACUAUAAGCAUGAGUGCUGGUUACAGCACAGGAAUUUGAGUAUGGAGUUUCAGUAUCUGAAGGAAGUCCCGGUUCUCACGCUGGACGUAAAUGAUGAUUUCAAAGACAAAGGCAUCAAAUGUGCUGAUAUGAUUGAGAAGGUGAAAGAAUUUCUUGGCACUCUGUGAUGAUGAAAAGAAAUUGUGCUUGUUAAAAAUAGUAUUUGAGUUUUUUGUUGUUAUUAAAUGUGAUUUAUAUUUAACUUUUUUUUAUUAUGAAAUAAAUUUUAAAUAAUUGUAUUAA